ACCCGAUCAAUGAUCGAUAAGAUUCAGAAGGGCCAAGGCCGGCACACACCGGCACGUUGCCGUCACGUGAUGUUGCUACUCUGAAUGCCGGGACCCUCAGGCAACAGAACAUGCAAGGCUGAAAAGCCAGUGCAAUAAUAUCAAGCUUAACUGGAGUAUAAGUACAUACGGUAGGACAGGAGUCCAUCCUCGAAAUGUCACGGUUCGCUUGGGAAGCAGGCUUGACGUGUAGCUCGGUCUCUUAAGCACUCGACAAUCGUGUUCCGAACUUCCAUCAUCGCGGCAACCAGUGUGGCCGUGUGGUAGUAGUACAAUUACAUACUGACCAUAUUACAGGAUGACUCUCGCUCAACUUAUUGGAUACAGUGUGCUUACCUUUGCAGCAUGGAAGCUUGUUCGGAGACAUGCCUCCAGAAAGGCAAACGCCCUAGAUGUUGCAGGCCCAGAUAAGCAACAUUGGUGGAAAGGCAACAUGGAGUGGAUGUUUGUGGACGGUUUCCAACGCUGCUUAGAUGUUGCUGCAGAGUUUGGUGGAGCUGUUAGGAUCCCUGUGUUAUUUGGAGAGGAAUGGCUAUAUGUAUCAGACCCACGCGCGCUCCAUCAUAUCCUUGUCAAGGAGCAGCAUACCUUUGAAGAAAAUGACAGCUUUUUGUCUUGCAAUAAGCUUAUCUUCGGCGACGGUCUUAUUUCGACACUAGGGGAACAGCACCGAAGGCAGCGCAAAAUGCUCAAUCCAGUGUUCUCCACUGCCAAUAUGCGGGAGCUCCUGCCCGUUAUUCAAACCAUCUCCCAUCAGCUAAAAUCUAUUCUCGUGUCAAAUCUUUCUUCCCGCAGUGAGGAUGAUCAUGCACGAUGCAGGGAGUCCGUAGAAAUCGAUGUGUUACCCUGGCUCUCCCGCAGUUCUCUGGAUUGUAUUUGCGAGGGCGUGCUGGGCUACCAUUCAGCUGCACUAGAGACAGGAAAUGAGGACGAGUAUACAAAUGCUCUACGAAUGUUAGGUCCAUUCAUCGCUAAAACCCUGAUAGUUCGUCCUAUCAUUCCGAUAGUUAUGCGCAAUUGCUCUCUUUACUGGCGAAAAAAGAUGUUAGACUGGCUGACGAUAAGUUGGCUGCCGACGCAAAUUAUGAGGAAUCUUAGAGAGCUACGCCAAAUAGUCGAAAUCAUGGACUCAGCCAGUAGGGCCAUCUUUCAAGAGAAAAAGGCUGCGCUGCAGCUGCAGCUACCCUCCCCUCCCCUAUCACAGGCCCACGACACGUUGGGAGGAACAGCGGGGAAAGAUAUGAUGUCUAUCAUGGUCAGGGCAAACGCCUCAUCUUCCGAGGCAGAUAGACUAAGUGAUUCCGAGCUCUUGGGACAGAUGAACGUCAUGAUUUUUGCUGGUCUCGAGACGACGACGGCAGCAGUGGCUCGUGCACUGUACAUGCUUGCAAAGCACCCUCAUAUCCAGGAACAACUGAGGAUAGAAAUUUGUGGUGCUAUGGCUGCAUAUCAAGUUCCCGACCCCGAUCAUUCGCACGCCAAAGAUGAAAGCGCAUCCGCCAGGCUGUCAUAUGAUGUAUUGAUGAAUCUUCCUUUACUAAAUGCAGUUGUUCGAGAAACAUUAAGGCUCUAUCCAUCGUUGCCUGUUCUCACUCGAAGAACUACAAGAUCGGCAUCAGUCCCAUUACACUUCCCAGUUCGGUCUGCAUCUGGUGAAGAGAUCGAUGUAAUCCAUGUGGCUAAGAACCAGAGACUCGUCAUAUCCAUCCUUGCUGCGAAUCAUAAUCAAGCUGUCUGGGGUGAAGAUGCGUCAGAAUGGAAACCUGAUAGAUGGCUCAAAUCUUCUCAAGGGGUCUCACCUGGGGACAAGGACGGAGUGAAAUAUCCGGGUAUUUAUUCAUCUAUGAUGACCUUCCUUGCAGGCAAUCGUUCCUGCAUAGGCUUCAAAUUUGCCGAAAUGGAAAUAAAGGACGUGUUGGCCACUCUUCUGCCAGCCAUUCACUUUGCCCUGCCGUCGGAACCCGACGACAACGGAAAUGUGAAGGAGAUACACUGGAAAAUGACUGGUUUCCACAUACCGGUAGUGAAGGCACCUGCAGGAGAUGGUGAAACUCCUCACCUGCCUUUGAGCAUGCGGCUUGUCCGAGAAUGAUCAUUUGAAUAGUUGGUUCCAUGAGUGAUCUGGACGUCGUGGCUCAGUGCAUGGCAGUUUACGGUGGCGAAGGAGGAGAUGUAAGGCUCUUGUGUCUAUAUGAUUAUUAUAUUCGAUUUCGAUACUAGUACAUGUCUUGCUG